AUGGAUUCGGCUAUGCUGAGCCCUGGUGGGCCGUCCGAUGCCUUUCGCAUCCCACGCAAGCCUGUCUCCAACCCCAACCUGCGGGCUGCUGUCGAUCCCCCGUUCCAUGCGGCUGCGAGCUCCCUAGCUCUAGUGCCGCCACCACUGUCACGGCCCCCAUCCUACACGGAUCUGUAUGGCCCUUCGCCGCAGAAACCUCCAAGUCGGCCGGAACCAAUUCCGAGGCCCCGGACCGCGGGUGCUGCAUCGUCAUCUGCGCCGGUGUCUCCGCAGCCACCUCCCACCCCUGUCCAGAAGGCAUAUGGGGAAGCUCGGCACUUCCUGGGUGGAUUGAUAAACCAUCCAACAGAAUCGAACAGGCAUUUUACUAUCUUGCGUCACUCGCAUGGCCUCGUCUUUUACCGUGGUAAUGCCACCUCCGUCGCGGUCUCCAUCUUCUCCGACAGCCCUUUGCCCGAAGAUCGCACCUUAUGGCUGCAGAGCAAGGGCUGGUCUGGCAAGACGGGCAUGAGGACCAAAGCCUUAUUCCGACUUAAUGACAGCUGGCUCGAUGUCACGCCCGUCAUGCCAUUGCGAGCGGAAUCCGUGAACCCCGACGAUGAACGCGCUUGGCAGCGCGAUAUCAAAAAGUUCUACAAGAAGGCGCCCCCGCGUCCGCGCGAUAAGCAUGAACUGCGUGAAACCGCCGUCGUGCGUAUCCCAGCAGAGGCAGGAGAUGGGUAUUUCCAACUCGUCUUGUGUCAGGGCGCAAAAAAGAAGACGCUGGCUAAUAGUCCCGUCUUCCGUGUUCUUUCGACCUCCGCGAAUCCUCACUCCCUCCGCGGUGCGAGUCUCAGCACGUUGCCGUUGGAGGUGGGUGCCAUGGUGGUCAGUCUGUAUGCGCAAACGGCGGCCAGGACGGUGGCGAAUCCUGCAGCUGCGGCCGUGGCGACCCGGGUGAAUCCAUAUAAACCAUCUUGGGUAAAGAAGGCUGCCGUGCAAAAGGUGUAUUCGGCGAGUGGAGUUGAGACUCGCGUGGCAGGACUUUUUACCUCGACCGCUCCGCCGGGUCAAGGUUUCGCUGUCGAUGGAUGUCCUUCUCCGAUUACUGGUCACAGUGGUUCUCCUGUUGAGGAGGGCCCUCAGGAUCCAUUUCCAAUGACUUUUAAAGCUCGUUGUCAGUUUGGUCAUUCCACGCCUUUUAGCAGCCCCACAGAAACACCAAAAAUCACGCUCAUCAGAACUCCAGACUGGGUUUCCGAGCAGUUACGCGGAUACUUUUUUGGCUGGGCACGGUUCGACAUGAACACUAGCAAAAGUUCAUCACCGACCUCCUGGACUCCCAUGAUUCUCGCCGUGCGCUCACUGGAUCCCUUGCAAGCGUCCCGAGUCGAUAUGGCCCAGGUCUCCAAGCACGUGGUCACACUGCGUUUGCUAGAUGAGGUACCAUUACAAACGACCAAAAGUCAAGUUCGUGUCAUGGGCUUUCUCCGAGCGGAAGUGCCCCAUCCCCGGGGUACCAACAGUCAGGAACUCGCAGAUGCUCAAGCUGCAGCUACAGAAGCAGCCAUUCUAGCUGAUGCUUACGAUGCCGACGUCGUGCAAAAUACAUUGAUGCACCCGGCAUGGUCCCCUGAGACACUCAGUCCCCUUGAGUUGCAAAAGCAAAACCUAGGCUGGGUCGACCGAACCAUGGAGGGGUACGCGACUAUCCGAGCCAAGGGACAGAAAUGGGUGGAACAAGUCCCAUUGCAUAAACUGGGAGUGCGUUCGGUGAUGGACGAAUGGCGGGAACGACAGGUUGCUGUCAAUGGAUUUUUCAUCGUCCGAUGA